CUUCAUGCCCAAGAAGAAGAAGAGGAAACAGACACCCUUCAACAUAUGAAUGUCAUUUAGAACAUGUAGCAAAUCCUAAAAUAGCUUUCUUCCAAUGGCGGCUUCACCUCAAUCUACUUCCUUUCCCUACACAAUUGAGAAAAUUAGGAAUAACCUCCUUGCCUUCCCAAUGUUUUCUAUGCAGAAAUGAAAGCGACACAGACUACCACACUCUCUUCCCGUGUGAAUAUGCCAAACCUAUUUGGAGCUACUUUGAAUGGAUUCUCAAGAUCCCUUGGAAUGCAACACAUGGGGGGGUUACAAGUGCGUUACACUCUAUCGCUUUCCGUUGUUUUUUUCCCUUCCUUCGGCCGUUUCUUCUUCGCGUCUGGUCGACCAGCAGUGUUCCGCCAGCAAGGAGAGCCACGCCGCCUGGUCGCCGUCGCCGUCGGCCAGCAUCCCCCCUCUCGCAGUCUUUCUCCCUUUUUCUGACGAGUACCAGCGGCAGACUCUCCACCAUCAAGCCGAGUUUAGUUCUUCAAAUUUGAGGUAAUAACAAGCUAUCCUGGAGAGCACAGAGAUGGAGGAGAUGUACGGAUGCAGGACUCAAACCUUUAACAGAUAUGGUGGUUGUAAUGUAACUUGUUUUCUGAUAAUGAUCUAUUAAAGAUGUUUAUUUAAAAUAAUAGUCUUGCUUCCGCGCUGUUUUGAAUGAACUCCGAUAAACGUUUAAGUUUUCAUUGAAAUGUUGGAUGAUUAAAUAAAUGUUUUAAAUUUAU